GGAGGACGGUAAGAGGUCAUUCACGGUUGGACAGUUCCGGGAUGGAGUGAGCUUUUAACUUUCUGGAGGCUGGCAAAAGCGGCUGCAGCGUCAGAAGCUUCUUGUUCCGGAAGUAGACAGGACGCGUUGACCUUGCCCACACCAGUUUGCAGCUCGCAGCCCAGGUGCCGAGCCGAUGGCGUCUUGGACUGCUGUUGGCUUGAGCAGGGCAGCUGCCAGAUGCACUAGAGCUCGAGGCUCCAGUGUCUGCGAGGCAACUCCAUGCGUCUUCCAGCCUAAGACCCCGGGCUGCGACUUGGCUCUGGGUAGGACGCUGCACCUCACCGCUGAGGCAUCCGCCGGGCACAAUAAGUGGUCCAAAGUCCGGCACAUCAAGGGUCCCAAGGACGCAGAAAGGAGUCGCAUUUUCUCUAAACUUAGUCUCAGUAUCCGCCUGGCCGUUAAAGAGGGAGGCCCCAAUCCUCAGCUCAACAGCAACUUAUUCAACAUCUUAGAAGUGUGUCGCAGCAAGCAGAUGCCCAAGUCAACAAUUGAGGCAGCACUGAAGAUGGAGAAGACUAAAAGCAUUUAUUUGCUGUAUGAGGGUCGAGGCCCUGGUGGUUCUUCUCUUCUCAUUGAAGCAUUAUCUAACAGUGGCUCCAAGUGCCAGUCGGACAUUAAACAUAUCCUGAACAAGCAUGGGGGAAUGAUGACUGAAGGAGCACGUCACUCCUUUAACAAAAAGGGGGUAGUCACGGUUGGAGUGGAAGACAGAGAGAGGAGAGCUGUGAGCCUAGAACGUGCACUGGAGCUGGCAAUUGAAGCAGGAGCUGAGGAUGUCCAGGAAGAUGAAGAUGAAGAAAAUAACUUUUUUAAAUUUAUUUGUGAUGCCUCUUCGCUGCAUCAAGUGAGGAAGAAGCUAGACUCCCUGGGCUUGUGUUCCAUGUCCUGUACACUGGAGUUCAUCCCCCAUGCAAAAGUGCAGCUGGCUGAUGCUGACCUGAAGCAGGCUGCUCAUCUCAUCCAGGCUCUUGUCAACUAUGAAGAUGUGAUUCAUGUCUAUGACAACAUUGAGUAACCAGACUGUAUAUGCCCUUGGGCUCCUUCCUGGGCAAGUGUCAAUCAUCCUGGAGCACAGGCUUCUGCAGCAAUCUCUGAGAUGGAAGCAGGUAGGAAGCAUGGCAGAUUAGUCCUAAGGCCAGGUCUUAUGGCCUUGAGGCCAAGGAAAUUCCAUACUUCACUGUGGCUUCUUUGUCAUCUCUGCUGGUGUCUCAGACCUCUUGAAUGCAGGGUGGAAUCAUUCAGUUGGUGUGACUAAUCUCAGGUGGUUGGCAGUUGUGGGGACAGUAAAUACCCCAAGGCCCUGUGUAAUAGCAACUGCUGUUUUACUUUUUCUAAGACAGGGUCUCACUGUGUAUUUCAGUCUGGCCUUGAACUCACUAUGUAGCCCAGACUGAACUCAAACUUGAAUCGAUCCUCCUACCUCGGCCUCCCAAGUGCUGGGAUUAUAGGCAUGAGCAAUCAUGCCUGGCUUGGAACUGCUUUUUAAUAGUAACAGUGGUUGAUCUGGGUUACUGUAUUGGUUUUGUAUUCCUUUUUAGUUGUCUUGAGUUUGUGCCUGGUUGUCAGGACCUAUAGAUUUAAUUUUUAGGUCUCUAGGCUUAGUACUCUAUUCUAAUACUAGACUGUUAUUUAUUUAUUUUUUGAUAGUGGCUGGAUCCAAGCAUUCUGUGGCCUAUUGCUGGUUUAGUUGUCAUUCAUUCAUGUAACAAAUGUUCAUGAACAAGCUGAAAGAAAAAAAUAUAUGUCUAUGUGUAUAUAUGUAUAUAAAAAGUUAAGAUAGUUAUUACUGAUUUCUUUGAGUUCGCUGAAGAGAAAAAUUUGUACUGGUAUUGUUCAGACAAUUAAAGGCAGAUGUCUUGUGCUUUGGGUGAAUGACUUGGGGAUGACAAUGCAUGAUGUAUGUACCAUUGUUACCCCAUUUGACAUGCUUUAAAAUUUUGUUAUAGUUUUUUUUCUUUCUUUUUAUCUAUGAAUAAAAUGGAUUUGGAAAAGAAAAAAAA